AUGGGUCCGAAGACGUCGUCUCCAAAGGGUAUGACAAUGUCGCAGCAGUUACCACCACUCUCGGAGAGGAAGUACAAAUUCGCAUCGAAGUUGCCAACACCAUUGAAGUCGAAGAAUCACGCGAACUGA